AUGCGCAGUCUGCGGACGGCGCCCAGACACCACGGGGCUGCGGGCCAGAGGAAGAACCGAAGGAAAAUCGGACCGAACACGGGGCGAUGUCUGUUUGCUUCGGGACGCAGCCGUAAAAACUCUGGGUUCUGGGUUUCAACGACAGGCCAGGGACGUUUGCAGCAGCGAAUGUGGAUCCAGGUUCGCUACGGGAACGCGUGGAGCAGUGUGAACGGGGCGGCCUGGGGCACGCUGGUGCAGAUGGAUCUGGAGCCGUGCGAGAGCAUCGUGCAGGUCCAGGGCAGCUACAGUUACUGGGUCGUCACCUCGCUGACCUUCACCACCAGCCUGGGCCGCACCUUCCUCUUCGGGAACCAGAGCGGGGGCACUUUCCUGGCGCUGCCCCCGGCCCCGGGCUCCGUGCUGCGAGCCGUCAGCGGCCGGGCCGGCUCCUACCUCUACGCCAUCGGCUUCCACUGGGGCGCACCCCCCGCCAAGGGGGCGCCCUGCAGCGCCUGA